AUGUCCGAAUUUUCGCCGCAAAAUGUUGUGUCCAUAUUGUUGGACAAAUAUGGUGUUGGGGACGCUAAAGCCGCUACCAGAGAAGAACAGAAGGUGGCGGAUCGGUUUGUGUUUUGUAUUGAACAAUGUAAGAAUGGGAUGACGUUAGAAGAGGAGAAUGAAGAGGCCGAAGUUGAAACUGACAACUAUGACAGUGAUCCGGAUUAUGAAGACUUGGAAGAAGACGAACCCGAUUCCUGGAUCCGCAGUGAAGCACUUCAAAUAGCUAAUCAUCUGGGAUUAAAAAAUUUUAAAGCUAGUCAUAAUUUUAUUCAAAACUUUAAAAAACAAACAAAAAUAUGUUCAAGACAAGUGACCCGAUGGGUCGCCUCCAAAAAACGCAAAAAUGCCCUCACGGCCGAGGAAAAAAAAAAGUUUGUGAAUGAAGUCAAGGCCGAAAUGCAAAAAUUUCCAUUCGAUUGUGUGCUAAAUUGCGACCAGACCCCAAUAUACAAGGAGAUGCACUCUAACCGAACCCUUGGCUUGAAAGGUGAGAAGAUAGUUGACCGAUAUUGUCAGUCUACUGCUUCAGUAAAGAAGAACUUUACUGUAAUGCCAAUUUUGUUUGCCGAUGGAACACUGUCGGAUAAAGUGUAUGUCUGCAUGCAAGAACCCAACGGUAAGUUCCCGCAAAAUUUCAUAAAUAAAACUAAACACGUUUAUGUGGUCCCCAAUAAAACACACAUUAUGAACAAAGAUUUAAUGUGCGACUUUUUCAAAGAUUUGGUCUUUGCAAAAGGUGGUCCAAACAUGCUGGUCUUGAUUGACUCGUGGACAUCAUUUUUAGACCAUAGGUCAAUAAUGGAUUGCCGCAAUCCCGGUCAAAACGUUGUAAUUUUCAACAUUCCCAAAAAAACAACUGAUGAAUUACAGCCCCUAGAUGUGUAUUUCAAUCGAUUUUUCAAAUAUUUUUUAAAAAAAUUUCAUUUUCAUGUGAACGACCAUGAGGCAGACUUCUUUCUUGGAAACCACGAAAACACUCUCACCAUGAUCGAGCUUGUCUACCAUCAACUCCUGAAUAUUCGCUUCAAGGAUUCGUGGAACUACGCAUGGUAUAAACCUGGAUACGUUGAACAAAGGUCCCCAGAGCGAUUUCUGAACCCACGAGAAGUGUGUUUUCCCGAUACGGUGGGACGGCCCUGUCAGAUCCUGGAUUGUGAGGGUAAGUCGAUGAUAUUUUGUUGUUAUUGCGAAAAGCUGUUAUGCUUUAAACAUUUUGUUGUUCAAAACCAUAUAGAUUGUUAAGGUUUAGGUUGAUUUAUUUGUUAGGUUAAGUAUUAAAAAAUCCAAAAAAAAAAAAAAAAAAAAAAAAAAAAAAAAAAACCCCCUUUGACUGGCCUCCUUGUCGUGGUGAAGGGCUUAAAUCUCCGUAGGAGAUGAACUGAACAGCCAGAAAAAACAUUUUUUAUUUCGAAAAGCUUCUUAAAUUAUCUUUGAACAUCCUUACUUGUAUUUUACAGCAAAAAUACAAAAAAUAAAAAAAAAAUCACAAAAGGGAACUCGAACCCCCCUCCGCACAAACCCCAGUCUUCUGCGCAACCAACUGCGCCACUCACUCAUCGGUUUCCCUGCCUUUCAAAUCGUCUUUUAUUCUUUCCUCUUGCGAAUUUCAAAACUUUCGACGGCCAAAACAUGCCAAAAAACCCAAAAUGGGCAGCUAGGAUUUAUAUAUCCUUGAUCAGCACAUUUUUUCUGAUUUUUUGAGAUAUGUCCCGUCAAAAAGUAGGAGCCCCCAUAAAAGUACUUUCCUUGUUAAAUCGCGACCGGAUUUUUUGUAUGCAAUGUUAUUCAAGUGCUGAUGCGUCGGAAGGGUAGAUUUAGCGGUCAUAAACAGUUGUAUGUCGCGAUAAAUAUGAAAUUCGAAAAUGCGGAGACAUUGCAGCAUCUUCAAAAACCGAGAGUUUCCCCAAACCACCCCAUCUUAAAUCGCGACCGGAUUUUUUGUCUGCAAUGUUAUUGAAGUGGUGAUGCGUGGGAAGGGUAGAUUUACCGUUCAUAAACAGUUGUAUGUCGCGAUAGAUAUGAAAUUGGAAAAUCCGGAGACAUUGCAGCAUCUUCAAAAACCGAGAGUUUCCCCAAACCACCCCAUCUUAAAUCGCGACCGGAUUUUUUGUCUGCAAUGUUAUUCAAGUGCUGAUGCGUCGGAAGGGUAGAUUUAGCGGUCAUAAACAGUUGUAUGUCGCGAUAAAUAUGAAAUUCGAAAAUGCGGAGACAUUGCAGCAUCUUCAAAAACCGAGAGUUUCCCCAAACCACCCCAUCUUAAAUCGCGACAGGAUUUUUUGUCUGCAAUGUUAUUGAAGUGGUGAUGCGUGGGAAGGGUAGAUUUACCGUUCAUAAACAGUUGUAUAUCGAGAUAAAUAUGAAAUUCGAAAAUCCGGAGACAUUGCAGCAUCUUCAAAAACCGAGAGUUUCCCCAAACCACCCCAUCUUAAAUCGCGACCGGAUUUUUUGUCUGCAAUGUUAUUCAAGUGCUGAUGCGUCGGAAGGGUAGAUUUACCGUUCAUAAACAGUUGUAUGUCGACAUAAAUGCGAAAUUCAAAAAUCAGGAGGCAUUGCAGCAUCUUCAAAAAACCGAGAGUUUCCCAAAACCACCCCAUCUGAAAUCGCGACCGGAGUUUUUGUAUGCAAUGUUAUUCAAGUGCUGAUGCGUCGGAAGGGUAGACUUACCGUUCAUAAACAGUUGUAUGUCGACAUAAAUGCGAAAUUCAAAAAUCCGGAGGACUUCACAACUACACUUCACCUACACCACUACCACACUCGACACACGAACACAACAACAACUGAUCAAGAUGGGAUAAAACCUCAGAGAAAGGUACGGUGUCGUGAUUCAGCCUCUCCGCUUCGGGAUCUCUCCACAUUCUCGAACAGGAAACAACUGGGGAAACAGUUGACACAGGGGACAGCUCUCUCUGUCCAUAAAUUCCAUCGAGUUGACACAUCGUGGAUAACUCCGGGUUCCGUGGAAUGUGACAACCGGAUUUUUUGUCUGCAAACCUUCAAACGCAACCGGGUGUCUUCUGUUUCGCGGGGUUUCUGCGGAGGAUUUCAGCGUUGGUUCGAACGCCGCGUUUCUUCAAGGUUCUGCUCAAAAAAUUUCUGCCUUCUUGAUGGGGCGGUUUAAUGCCGCAUAUUCGCAGUUGUUAGCUGAUGGGUCGCCAAUGCACGCGGUUUCUAGAAUGUGCAGUGAAAAUCAGUUAUCACAAUGUGUGAUUUUCGGCGGCUGUAUUGAUAAGGGGGUUUGAAGGUGGCAGUUGGCGGAUUGGAUGGUGGCAAUGUGGGGAAUUAUGCGGGUUUCGCUGUUUAGUUUUUAAGUAGAAUUGUUACGGAGGGGGUUACUUUAUGGGGGCGACAAAGUGGGGCUCUGCAGUGGAGAUCAGAAGUACUAAGCGUUGAAGUUGGGUUGAAAUAUUGGAGGCAGGGAAUAGAAAUAGGUCGUGGGCCGAGAUGAAUCGUUUUAUGCCGGGAUUGGGGUUCUUAUGCGGAUAGAAAAUAAUUUUUUUUCCGAUUUUCCAGCGCGUUACGUUUAUUUCUCUGUUUCCAGAUAUCGAAAUGAACAAAGUUCUUGCACUCGGGGUGAUGCUUUGUGGAUUAGUCAUCGCCACAGUACACUAUGCCGAACAAGACUUUAUGGAGAUAUGCGAGGACGACAAAAAAAUGUAUAUAUGGGACGACUUGCUGACGGAACGUCAAACUGUGACCAUCAAUUUAGAGAAUUUUAUUAAACCGUUACCAAGGCCAGACAGCGACAACUGCUUCGUGGAUGGAGCGAAGCAAUAUCAAAGAAAGAUGAUUGUCUCAGUCAUCGGAAUGGUACUGGUAUGUAUUCGCAUCUAUAGCGCGGCAGCCGGAUAGUGUAGGUAGGAACCGAAAUGGCCUCAACAAACGUUUUGUACAUAUGGUGGUGCAGUCUGCAGGGGUUGAUAGUGACAUAUUAAACAUUACCGUGGUUUACACAUCUCUUCCGAAGGCUGCAAAGCGUUUAUAUAAUAGUUCCCAAAGCACUGUAUAAUUUGAAAGCUGUAGAAUAGGAAGUUCGACGGCCCUCGAGCCUCAAUAAUAAGAAACAUGGGCUUUGAUACAGAUAUGUCGAAUUUUUUCUUAUCAUUUUCAGAGCGGACAAUACCCAGCUGAUUACAGGCCCACAAUGAGAAACGUUGACGAAUUUGCGGAUGCUGUUGUAAGUUCGUUCGUGUUUGUGGGUGUAGGGGGUGUGCAUAGAAAUAAAAAUGUUUAUUACAGAACACUUUAUAUGCAAAAGAAUGAACGAUUUCAUCGAAAAAACAUUCGUUAGAAAAAAUAUUUUCUAGUAUUAAUUUAUUAUACUGAUUUGAUUUAGAUUCAACCACAAGAGCGCCAAAAAAGAGGGGCCCUCCUCGUGAUUGGAUUUGGCAUAGCAACAGCAGCCAGCAUAACGACACUGACGGCCGCAAUCUUUGCGUACCUGGAAGCAGUGAAAGCACAAAAGCUACUGCUUGAACAAAAGCAUUGCACGGAGAACAUGUUCUUCAUAAACGCCGAAUUACCAGUGACGUUUCAUGCAAUUUAUCAACUACUGCACUCAUGUGGACCCAUCAACCAUCAUAUUCAGCAAGAAUUGCAACAGCGCUAUCCAACGGCACGUGUCGCGUACAGCGAAUGCAAGCUGCUGCACAAAGGAAAACUGCGCGAGGACGGUAAGGAAGCGUGCAAUAUAAAAAAUUACGGAGUUUUGCAAUCAUUGUCAAAACUCCAGUAGGUUCCGAAAUGUGACAGAAAUGAAGAAAGUGUGUUAAAAGGAUAAAAAAUGUAACUUUGCAGAUCUUGGGAAUCUAACGAUGGACGCAAAAAUUUGGUACGCGCCUAUUGGUGAGAAGAACCACACUCUGUGCCGCAUAUACGACCAAGGAACAGCAAAAGGAAACUUGUGGAGAUAUAGGCUAUAUCCGGCGUCUGUCAGGCAUGAACCGAACCACACAAUGAUAGAGUGCAAACAAGGCCUUAAUUGCACCAUUUGUACUGAAGGAUAUGCCCCAAAAUGUUACUAUGGAUCCCCAAGUUACGCAGAGUGUCCGAAUAGGACAAUUCAAUUGAACGAAAAAGGGAAGUUCCACGAAUACGCCGACUCAGCGUUUCACGUAGCGCUGCCGCCACACUGCAUCCACCUCGAGGUAGACGGACAAGUAUUUGCGUUGCCUACAAGACGUACGUUCUUUAUUCAUCUUGCGCGAGGACACGAGCUUCAUGCAUGCGGCUUAAAAAUGACCGGCAGUGCGAUAAGAGAACAUUCUAUCAUCCAUUAUAAACAUGUAACGGAACAGGAGGGGGUAGAUUUUCCACCGGAUCCCACACCUCCGGGGACUCUCGCAACGCUGGCAGGAAUAGUCGACAGUAUUCUGGAACUGAUAAAAACGGACAUUGUAAGUUAAAUGAUUAAACAGACAGAUUUUUAAGGCACGACAGGCAAAAAUUUCGAGAUAGUAAAAGGGGGAAAUAAUUAUUUCAUUUUCAGGGAAAAUUGAUAGCGGCAUGUGUCCUCAUUGUGGUUGUAGUGCUCUACGGGUACAGAUGCAUGACAGCCCUAUGUUGCAAACUCAUCAACCUACGAAGAAGGGAGGAACUGCCGGAGAGGAACGACAUAAAUCAACUAUUUGGACAUCCCGAGCGCAAACGUAGGAUAUGAGCCCCAAUUAAAAAAAAAAAAAAAAAAAAAAAAAAAAAAAGUAACAGGAUAUCAUUGCCCAUAACAAAUAUUGUAUCGCUUAUGAAAUAAACGCUUGAAUAGAAAGACAACAAAGGGGUACAAGGGGUUGAAGAAAACCACGGAAAGUCGUUGUCGAUAUGAUGGCGAUCUCUGAAGAAACAGCGGAGGGUUGGAGAGCACGAGAAUUAUGUUAUAUUCUGAUGGGUUAUGCAAGAGUACUGCUUAUUGUGAGCGACCAUACAUCGGAUUACGAAUUGAAUGGGAAGCGGGCCACGUGAAGAAAGUCCGGGCAUUGGAAAGGGUCUCACAGCGGAAAAAAAUUCAUAAAAUGUGUCAUCCAAAUCGCACAUAACAACAAUGUUUAACCUUUUUUUUAUGGGAACUCUAGAGAGUACUAGUAGUCGUAUACAACGGUUUUUUAUACCACUGGCACAUUCUGAAUGGGUGUUAUCGUGACGCAUUUUUUGAACACGGGUUGGGCUAGGCUAAAAAUAGUGCAAAUUUCAAGGCCGAAUAUCAAAAAAACUGUCCCAUCAAGCGGGACGAGACCGAUGUAGAUACUCGAAGAAUAGGUUGAGGAUUUUUUUGACGUGGAGCCUAUACCCCCUUCCAGUUCUCUCUGACUCGGUAUCGUCGAUACAAAAUUUUAUUUAGACGUUGUUUUCUUCGCCUUGGAAGACGGUCAAAAUACUAUGAUUAUGGGUAUAUUUUGGUUCUAUUAGCUUAAGCAACUCUCGAGCUUUCUAUUGGUAUCAAUAUUCUAGGCUUUUUCAUUGGGCACCCGUUUUUCUUUUAUGUUUUCUUGACGUGCGGGGUCAGCAGCGGGCAGAGAAUAUUAUCAGAGAUGCAAAUGUCCGACGGAGGGUCGACAUGUAAAAGAAUAUUAUUUUAGUACCACACUAAGCCGGUGAGUAUACGAAUUAUUGGGUUGUACGGCGUGUACGUUGGACUAACAGGGGAAGUACUCCAAGUGCAACGCUCAGAUUUUCAUGAAACUUGGCACAAAUUUAGAAUAUUUGUUUUUCUAAGAUAGAUGAGAGAAUUCUAGCUCGCGCUUUGCAGAAACAACCGACAUUUUUAGAUUAAAAGUCGGCCAAAAUUUGGGACUUUUUGCCGAAUUUCGGCUUGAAAAGUUUCAUGCCUAUUUCAACCGUAAAGAAUAAUGUUUCUACAAGAAAUCAAAGUUUUCCGCUCGAAACUGCCAAAGUUAUGGACGAAAAGCGCGUUUCUAUCUGACCGCUCUCCACGGGUAGCGUGCUCUCUCAGCGGCAAAAAUCGUUCGAUAUCUCGGCGGCGCCCGCAAAACGCGAGCUAACACUUUCAGGAAUUGUUAUUUAGUCCAUCCCCGACGUGUGUGCAAAAUUUAAAGAAAAUGGAAGCGUCGCACUUGAAGUACUUCCCUUGUAAGUUUGAAUGGUGGUAAAAAUUUCCUAUUAUGCGAGUAAGACGGGUGAGUACAACCAAUGGACCAAAUGUAUGUCAUUGGGUGUUGUAAAAUCGAGUUUCUGUAAUGUAUGUGGCAGGAAGCUGGAUGAGCACACAGGCACAAAACGCGAUGGGGUAGCGCACACAGCAGUUUUUUUCUGCAACGUAAUUCUGCGAAUUGGCAGAAGGAAUAACACGCGUUUAUUAGGUAACGCGCAGAACAAAAGCGAAAUAAACAGAAAAAAGGGGACUAGAUUUUUUCUGUAUCGCUGUAAGAUAAGCGUCGAAAGCAGAAUGCAGACAAGGGGAUCAGAGGAUGCAGUAUGAGUGGUGCGGGGAGGUGUUUUCUGAAGACGAGAACGAGGAAAGUGGGUUGGAUGGGUUAUGUUGGCUUAUGCGUUUUAUGGGAUUUGAUUUUAUUACAGUUUAUUAUGCUACAAUACGGUUUAUAUCAUUUUUGUUCACGUUUUCUGAACAGUAGCAGAGUUGGUGAAGUAGGAAUGUUCAAAGAUAUUGGUUCGAAAUGGGUUGAAACAUAGUUGGUAUAGGAGUACUCGGAGGGGCUUACUUGCAAGAUAGUGUUAUUUUUUUCUGAAGAUUAUAAGGGGGUCUUAAGUGCUAGGGGUAAAAAACCAAUCGUUUGGAAGGGUUCUAAAAAGGCAUAAUAUAGGUGGCAUCGAAAGGGAACUGCUUAGACGUUCCAAAAGUUGAUAGAAUGUCUGAAGUAGCAGUGCGCGUAAUACGUUCCUUAUGUGACAACACGAGAGUUUGUUUCUGUUCCAUCUGCUCAUGUACGCUUUCAGAUAGUGAAACAAUAAUGAGCGCGGUUGUGUAUUUGAAACCAAUCGAUGAGUGGGAGCAGAUGAGCCACGACGAAACGAUCUUAAUACACCAAUGUCGGUCGCUAUACGAUUUUUUGUGCGUUAUUCAUGCACGGCCACGGUCAAGGAACACGCUUAUUCUAAGUGUAGAACCGGACAAAGGAAAGGGAGGAAGACGAAUAUUCAAUGUGAAGGACGGAUACCAAGGUCCACAUACAGGUACAAGUGGAGAAGACACGGAUGUAUUGAUUGCAAUGGUAAAUCCGAAAUGUCAUUUUUGCUUGUUGGAGGCCCCGUAUUGUGUAACCAAGGAGAAUGAGAAGGCGGAAACGAUCAGUCUUCAAGCGAACAAGUAUGAAACCUUGACGCUGCUCUCAAAAGCAGAAAUUGUCUAUGAGUUUGCCGCAAAGUUCUAUCCUCAACUGAGCACCACAUAUGGAGGGGUAACGUUUGAAUGCUCAUGUUUAGAAAAGGCGAUGGGCACCCGACCGUCUGUCGAAGAAUACGAACAGUAAGUGGGAUAACAGUAGAUGCCGUUGUUUGUUUACACGUAACCACUGCGAGGUCUUAUUUCUGUCUCCUUUCAGGAACACAAGGAUCCGGUUAAAGAAGAUAUACGGGAAAAUCGGGAAACAUAAAGCAACGGGGCGACCCUAUUUUUAUGUCCAUCCGGUGAAGGAUAAAAAGCACAACUGGGUUUCAAGCAUGAAUGAUGCGAUGUCUCUGCCGGAAGUCCUACAAGUGAUAAGCGCCACGAAGCCUCGCAUCGUGGCGUAUGUUGUAUUAAUGCAAAGGUCGGAUCCCACGUCUAGUUACUUUGAAGCAAAAUGCGUCAUAUCCACGAACACGGAAAGCGACGUCAAUUCAAAUGUUAUUGGACUUACAUUUAAUGCAGAUGGGUAUGCACCAAAGGUUUUUGAGUUGAAGCAUUCCAAAUGUGCUGUGGUGUGCCUUUACGAUACGGAUGCGGCAAUUUUUGUACUUAAUCAUGAAGUGGACCCACUGAUGUUACACAAUCAAAUGUAAGUUUAAGACACUUUAUAAUCAAACAAGUGGAAGGAAGAGAAUAACCAAUGAAAAAUUUCAGACAGUUGGAGUUCUGUGACCCGCCAAACAGUAGUCAAGCUUCUUCCUCGGAUAUAGAGAGGUAAGUGUGAACUGUGAUAACACCUAUGUUUAGGCGAAUAACACAUCAAAUUACGGAAAUGUUUUCGGCCGGGGUGUUGCGCAUUAGCAUAGCCCAGGAGGACGUAGAUGGUGCCAGUGCGGAAAAUGACUUAGUGUUUCGUGCCUUGCUCUACAAACGGUUGUUUGCAUCUCGCGACUCCUACGUCGUUUACGACUGUUCUUUGACACCCGGAAUUGUGGCUUCAGCAGCAAUUGUGAAUGGCCGCUUGAGACAUGCGCGGAUAGCAAUGAUACUUCGAUGCCCGUUAACAAAGCAUUUGCAGUUUUAUGAAGAAGUCGAAGAAGCAGAAGGACAUAGAGUGGAAGUGAAAUUAAGUCCGACCUUUACAACCCAUGUGUUGCAUGUUGAUGAUCCCUCGGGCAUUACACCGGAACUCCAAGUUAGGUGAGUAAAUUUUUAAAAUGGGUAACCAACGUAAAAUACAGGGGGGCGGCAAUUUUUCGGCCGGAUUUUAGUUGGCCAUAACUUUGGCGAUAUACUCGCUAGGGUUGGGCGGAGAUAGCUGAUUUUUUGUGGAAACGGUAUUCUCCAUGGCAUGAACAGGCAUGAAACUUAUAACAUAUUUGGUAUUAAGCAAGAUGGGGGUGUCUGAGGAUUCAAGGAAAAAAAGAAUUUUAACGUGCGGAUAAAAACUAAAAAAGUUAUAGCCAAUUGAAAUCCGACUGGAAAAUUGCCGCACCCUGUAUUUUUUUAGUGAAACAGAGAGGAUAGUAGCAUACCUCCGAGCUAGCCCUUCGCAGAAUCUAUCACACGUUUUUGACGUAUCAAGGAUUAACACUGAGUGCUAUGGGAAAAUUGCAUGUGCAAUUAACGAAGCAGCGGGGAAAAAGGAUUAUCUUCUCCAACUGCUUGAAGAGGCGGAGGCCCGGAUUCUUCUGCUCAUAUCGUCGUCGACGUUGUAUCCGUACUUAUGCAACGCUUUGUACCCGCAGCCAGUCCAAAUCGAAGAGGAGCAUUGGAUUGGGUGUAGGUCAAGUGCAAUCCCCCAACUAGUUUUAUGCGCAUUUCGGUCACAAACAACCGCUGAAAUUCGCGACGUGCGUGUUGUGACGUACGAAUCCGAAAUCUCAGCAAAAAUUUACCUCUCACCAAGGUGCAGCGCCUCGAACCUUCACGAACGGUGAGUUCAGGGGUCUGAAAUGAAAAAGAUGAAGAUUCACGAUUUAAACCAGGUGCCCGUUUCAGAAACCCCGACAUUUUUACGUUUUUUCCGUCCAGCAUUACCGAAUGUAAGAAGCUCAUGAUGUCUACAACCCAACAGAGAAACACAUUGGUCAAUGUUUCCCACGUGACAGCCCUCUGCUUAAAAUGCAGGCCUCAAAUACAUGGCGUCAUAAGCCCGGUAUGCCUGUCGCAGGAAGGAACGAGGAUAAACAAGCCAAUUCCAAACUGGAACAAGUUGGUUUUGGAAAACGAGUUGCUAUGUCCGGUGAGUUUUGAAACGUAUAACAUAGAUGUUGUAGAAGUUCUAUUACUCCUUCGUCUAUAUGGAUGGAUGGAUUUUGGUAAAAGCAUCGGAAAAGUCAAUUGAUAUAAUCGCUCCUACAAAUUGUGCACUCACGGAACAGAACGUAGGUAUUUUAUGCAUAGAGCAAAGAGGAACUAUUUCCAUACAACGAGGUGAGGGGUUACGGACGGAACAAAAAAUGGGAGCGGACAUCAGAGGCUGGGGAGGAGUGAGAUUAACAAAUGUGCUAAAAGGAGUGACAUUUUCAGGGCAGAACAUUGCGCAGCGUCUUCAAAUUACCGGACGAGGCUCCAUUAUCAUUUCGUCGCAUGGAGUACGACUCACUCCCCGAUCCGAAUGCUACCGAUAUUGACAUAUUGCAAUUAAGUGAAUUUUGGAUCCGUAUGUGUGAAGUGAAAUAUGUAAGCAUGCAUCAUCAAACAUUUCUUGCCGGCGAGGCAUUUGAUCUACUGUUUUAUGAGUUGCGAGAAUGGGCAACAACAACAAAUGACAAUGGCAUUCCAACAGGCGACAGCAGAAGCCAAGGAUGGCUUUCAAAGAGAAGGUUGAAAAGACACGCUUCACAAACGGCUGAAGAACGGAUCAGAACAUCGAUCGCAGAGUGGGAUAAAGAGCACAAAGGGGCGACCAUGGCUGAAGCCGAAGUAAAAGAAGAGGAAUGGGAAAGUAAUGACGAUGAAAGUGUAGGAGACGACGACAUUGAUGUUGGGCUGGUCGAAGACCCCGACCUUUUACCAUCCGAGGUCGGGAGCGAGGCCUUCACCAAACCAACGAGACAAACGAGCAGAAAAUUGGCUUUACAGAAGCUCCACAAACACUUGCUGGCCACGGACGCGUGGAGUGAGGACAUGAAACAACUAAUGAUUACUCGGGAACAAAUGGAAAGGACGACACCAACAGGCAGACGCAAGCUUCCAACCCUUUCUUCGAAAAGCCGGCCCACAGCGUCUGCGAUGGCUUCGGUGCCACCCUAUCGCCGUGACGCACUGAUAUUGCACACCUUUAUGGAACAAACGUUACGAAACGAAAGCUGUGAUACGUGUGCACGAAGGGUCCCUCGGCACAAGCUGUGGUUAGUGUGCCCAUUGCUGCACUUUUCGAGCGACCAGUGGUGUGCAUUCCACCAUUUAAAUCUCUCAUCUCAAGAUUUAAACAAAGAAGUACGAAUUUGCAAAAAGUGCCGCACCCAAAUUUCAAAUCGCGAACUUCCGGCCUGUGCAGUAAUGAACGGAUUAGAGCUGGACGAGAUUCCGGAAGAAAUAAAACGGUUAUCAAAUUUUGAAAGGUUGUUUAUCCAAAGGAUUCAACCUGUGAAGCAUCACAUAUAUGUCCGGGAUGCCAACGACGUGAAUCCAAGCAGCCUUACGUCUGGUGUUAUUAUGUUUGGAACAGUGCCCCUUCAAUGUCGAAUAGAGGAACUAAUGCAAAUCCAACAGAAGAACCAAACACUCCCGCAGGCGUUGCCGGUGUUCCUGCGAUGUGAGGAAUCCCGUAGAACAGUCGAAGUCAGUGUGCAGCACAUUAUAUGCGCUCUGAAAAAGCUAAAGGAGAUUAAUCAAAACGUAUACGGUGGGGUAGAACUGGACCUCGAAUUUUCUUUAGCAGACGCCCCCAUUGUUGAAGACGACGGUAAGCAGGAAGUGACAAUUUAGAAAUAUUAAUUUGAUAUUCAGAGCCCGAAGAAGACAGGGAUGAGGAGAGUAGUGAAGUUUUCUUAGCCGACAGAGCGAUUGACCCAAUGGAGAACACAAAAACCGUAAGAUUAAAGUUAAGCUUCGUCUUACUAAUAUAAUAUAUUGUAGGUGAUGGAAUUGGGGAAAUCUGUUUAUGAGCCACAACUCUAUCAAAAACAGAACAUUGACUUAUUCUGUUAUCCGGAUCUGCAUCCCACAGGGGUUGGAGGAUACGCUGGACAAGACAAAGCAAAUCGACUGGUUCCGCUGUCGUUCGCUGAAUAUUUUAAGAUUUGCCUGGAGCACAAGGAUCUUCGGUUUGCAACGCACAAAUCGUGGGGCAUGUUUGCUUAUGGACAAACUCAACAGCAGCAGAUGCGGAACUGUUCGCAAGUUACAAUGCGAAUGCGCAAACGGCCAAAGACAGUGGCAGAGUUUAGAGAACUCCUCGACGACCCAAAAAGAAGUGCACCUCUUCUGAGCCACUUGAUGGCUAAUUUAAAAGGAGAUUUGUGUUACUGGACAGAGGUGAGGGCACGAGUAAUGGCACAUGUUCAAACGUUUGGGACUCCAACGUUUUUCCUAACAUUUGCCAGUCCUAUCGAGGAAUCGAGGACGUUGCUCAAGUUGUAUCAGGACGUCAUGAAGGAAGAAAAGGAAAAAAUAACACCAAGAACAUUGAGGAAUUACAUCAAACAUUGCCCAGCUCCAUAUGUGCAGUAAGUUCACAAAUAAACGAGGUGGGGCGGCUAAACGGCGUGUGCAUUAAAAAUUGUUUAUCUUUAGGUGGUAUGGAGACUUUACGCGGACGUUGUUCAACGAAAUCUUGUUGCAACAAUCUGGCCCUUUAGGAGAAGUGGCCCACUUCUUCUAUAGGCACGAAUACCAGUACUCUGGGGUCAUGCACACGCAUGCAUUGUUGUGGAUCAAGGACGCCCCAAAGAAAACAGCCUCCGACGAAGAAUUAGACCGGUUUUUGGACGGAAAAAUCUCAACAUCAGCGUCUCAUACGGAUUCUCAGGUUCAGUUCCUCAUCAACAAAUAUCAACUGCACGACCCAGAACAUAAUGCUACAUGCUUGAAGGAGGACCAGACAACGUGCCGAUUUCAUUUUCCCAAACCAAUUGAAGCUACCACAAAGAGGGAGAGGACAAAAAUUGGAGAAGUGAAGAGGGUCGUAUAUCGGAGAACCGCCGCUGAUGUCUGGGUAAAUAACUACUGUGUCCCCAUUCUCUUGGCCGUCGAGACCAAUAUGGAUGUCCAGUAUUUGGACCCUGCAGUUUCAUACUCUAUUUUGGAGUAUGUCACGAAAUAUGUGUCCAAAUUGGACGGAGACGAAGUCCACGGAAGCGAGACCAUCAUGUUUUUCGACCAUCUCAAGCAAGAAGUGCAUCGAAAAGUUGCACAACGGACCAUGCGCGACAUGAUAAAUAAAAGACGAGUAUCAACGAUCGAAGCAGCCGCUCAUUUACUUGCCGUUCCACAGUUCUUCUUUGACUCUUCACACAGAUUCAUCAACACAAACACGCCAGAUCUUCGUCCUCGAAUGAUGAGAAACGUGCGGAACCGGACAGUGCGCAACGUGGCGGAGCUGUUCAAUCCCACAUUGCUAGAUAAUCAUUAUCCCAACCGCCCAAUCGAGCUGAAACACAUGACCCUGUUUCAGUUUGCAUGCUGGGUUGAAACAACGGCAC